UUGCAGGUUUCGACGCCGUUUCAUAAAAAGCAAGCCAGCGCACCAGAACUCGAUACACAUCAUCUAGACUUGUACAAUAGGCCAGUAGCCGUUCCACAAGUGAUCACCCAUCAUCAUUCCAAAUCCGUAUCAGCCAUCCCACCAAUGCCGGAUCCAGCGUUUACAGUGCCACAACACAAUCGAUCUGUUUCACAUGAGGCCAACUAUAAUGCAUCGUUCGGAACUCAACCCUCAUUUCAUGAAUCGGUUCCAUCUUCACUGUUUGAUCCUCGUGGAAAGAGUCAUUCGCUUGAUCCGAUGAUUGUUGGAAUGCAUGAUCCAGGGUCUCAGUUGGGUGAUAAAAUGAGUGCACUUGGACCGUUGCCGCCUAAUUGGGAAAUGAAACUUGAUGAGCUCGGAAAUCGGUAUUUCGUUGAUCAUAAUACACAGACAACGACAUGGUACGAUCCACGAAUACCUGAGCACAUGCAAGAGGAGGGAAUUCGUCAACGCCAUGCAUGUCAACAGCAGCAGCAACAACAGCAACAAUUCCAUCAACACAACGUGAUGCAGCAACAACAACAGCAACAAACUUACUUCUCUUCGCAGCCACAACUUAUGCAUCAACCGCCGCACGCCUACGCCCAGAUGCAGCCGAAUCAGGACUUCAACUCUUCAACUUAUCAGCGAGUACAGGAGCUAGAAAAUGAGCGCUCAGUGAUGUUGGAAAAGCAGGAGCAACUGUUGCGAUCGGUUUGUCAAUUUGGCCGUUUAUUAGUGAAUCGGAGUUUUAAUUGA